AUGGCUGCCGAAGGCGAGAGCGUGUUCGAUGAGACAGUGGCGGAACUGGAGGCGCUGGUGUGGAACGAAGCAACUCCUGCAGACGCCGCACGGGCUGUUGUGGACCUGCUGCUUGUCCUUGCCCUAAACCGGCGGCUGGCCAGCCCGAGCUCGAAUUGGGGCCAUUCGCCCGCGGCGGCGAGCGGCGGCGGGCGGACCGGCACGACGUUGGGUGGUGGCGGCGAUCGGACCAAUGCGGUGCGGAGAGGCAAUGUCCGGUUGCAGAGGACCUUGUUUUGUCCGAUGGGCGAUGCGCGUGCGAGUGCGCUGCUGCGGCUGAUCGGAUACGUGCCGACGGCGACGACGCCGGCGAGGUUUGCAGCGAGGGAGGCGGUGGGAGCGGCAGCAGGCGGCGACGGCGACGAAGAGCUGUUCUUUGUGGUGGACGAUGGGCUGGUUGGCGGCGAUGUGCUGCGCGAGGUGGUAUCGGGCAUCCGCUGGAGUCUGGCGAUGCAUCGGACGCGGUCGACGAGGCCAGCAUCGUGCCCGGACUGGGUAGCGUGGCGGUGCUCACGGAAGGCAGUGUGGCGGGGAGCAGCGAGCCUGGCGUGUGCGCAGUGCCCGCGCGGACGGCACGCCUUCCUCUACGCGCACCAUCAAGGUGUGGGCGCUGAUUUUUAG